GAUACCUCCCGAUUCUCGCCUUUAUAUAAAAUGUGUUUCUACAUUUCAGGCGCGAUUAUGGGGCCAUUGCUAAACAAGUAUAAUGCUGGUAAAAUUAUGAUACUUGGAGCUGUUGGAAUUUUGAUCGGAUGCAUUAUGUGUUCUUUCGCUCCUUCCAUCAUUGUCUUAGUCAUUGCACAAGCCUUCACAGGUAUUGGUCUCUCUCUUACGUUCGUACUGCCGUUCGCAGUUGUUGGUGAAAUGUUUGAAAAAAGAAGGGUCAUUAUGAUAACCACAGUGGGUGUUUUUUCCGCAAUAGGCAUAGUCUAUUUCUCUCACCUUACUUCUACUUUAAACAAUGAAUUCGGCUGGAGAGGAACCUUUCUAAUAUUUGGUGCACUUUUCCUCAACUGUGUACCAAUUGGAAUGUUGAUUAUGAUUUUCAGGACAAGACGAAAUCGAUUAUUAGGCCCGCAGAAGCCUAAUUUUAAAUCAUUGUUGAAUUUUCAUUUGUUCAAGAAUCCUGCUUUUCUAGUAUUUGCGUUUAACAGCUUCUUUGUUAACGGCAUGUUCACAACUUUAGAUAUGUUUUUUAUCGAUAUGUUAAGAAGCCGACAUUUUGAUAUACGAAAUGGUCCUUUUCUGUUGUCUGUCAAUGGAUUUGCAAAUAUUGGGUGCAGAGUUUUAGUAACUGUUAUAUCGCCAUUUUUGAAAUGCAAACGAAUGACAAUUUGGCCCCUAUUCCUUUCCUUGUGUUCGGUGACAGUUUUGACAUUUGCAUAUUUCGAAACCUAUAAUCAGUUACUUGUAAUCUGUAUUUUGUAUGGACUUUUUUGGGGCAACUGUGCUGUACUUUAUCCUGCCAUUGUCAUGGAUAUUUCGGGACUGAAGAUGUAUUCAACUGCUCUAGGAUACAUCAAUUUUAUUGGUGGAGUUGCAGGAAUGUUCGGUGGCCCGCUUGCAGGUGAUACAUAUAUUUUGCAUUUCAUUGUUUGA